GGAUUCUUAAGCGUUGCGAGGGUUUCGAGGGACGACGAGAGAUUAAUAAACAUUAGCUGCCGCAGGGCAGGGUAAUUAACUUAAAAUGAACAAUUACUAUAUUAAUUCUAAAACAUGGUAUAAAUAGUAUUUCCUAGCAGGUAACGUGAAGAAACAAACUAGCAUCUAAUUAUUAUGGGCUCUACUUAGAGGAUAAAUAGCUCUUACCAAUUAUACUUGGCAACGAAUUCCACUUCUUUGUAUAUGCCGAAGGUAAAUCACCUCCACAAAAAUAAUAAGUAAGGUUUGAGUCAAUUUUUGAGCUACGACGAAGAUAAAUAUACCUAACUCUGGCACAGCGCCCUACGAAGUAUGUAAUAUGUAGGUGAGAUACAUACCUAUCUGUGUAAAUUGGUUUGUUGACUUUAAUUUUAUCCACCAUUACAACCAAUGAGAAUUUUGGAAGUAACAUUAAAAAUGCAACAAUAAUGAGCAAUAAUCUUUUAUUAAAUUUUGGUUCUCUCUGCUACCGGGCUACCGUAUACUUUCGAGUCGUAAAACAGGGGUGAAUGACUUUAUUAUAAAUAUGAACCCAAAUAAGGAUUAUAGGUAUUGAAUAUAUGCAAAUUGCACGAACUGAAACAGUCAAAUUUUAUGAUGAUGACAUUGUGUGUUACUCGUUUAUAUCGCAGUAACUGUUAUAGGUAUUUUACGAUUAGGUACUUAUAUUGCUAAAUUAAAUCUUAAUAAUUUGAAUUCUGUAAACUCGAUCUGGACGAGUAAGUUAAAAACUUGAAUUUAUAUUUUGACGUCUGAUAAUACUUUGAGAAUUAUUUGGAAAAUAAAGAAAUGAAAGAAUAUUUGUGAAACUUUGUGCGGGAUUUAUUUAACAUUUCGCGCCAUUUAUUAGAACUUUGAUUACAGCGCCAUCUGUUCACGAUCAGUCACAACAAAUGUACAUUCACUUUGUAUGUUGCUAGCUGUAUUACUGUUUCUAUUUGAAAGUAAUUUUAAAAUAUAGCACAAUCAAAUAUUUUAUAUAUAAUCGUAAAAGAUUUCCUGAAAACAUAAAUUAACUGAAUUCAGGUCCAGAAACAGGCGGUAGAAGAAUCUACAGUGGCGCUACGUUAAAUAAUGGAAACUCGAACAAAGAGCUAACCAGCCACUAGAAAAUAAGAGGUUGUGCUCCUUCUCUGUCCCAUGCGUGCAGUUCGGACGCGCGGGAAUGAGAUACACAAACACUUUCGGCCAUCAUAACCAUCUUGUGCAACUGUUUCUCUUCGGUCGUGUUCUAGUGCAAACGAACGAUGGACGCCAUUCGCACGAGAUAAAUCUUUUCUUCGCUCUAUCGUGAAGCGAGAGUGUGUGCGCGUAACUCUGUGCCGGGUGUGAAGCUAUGCAAUAGUGUGACCGUGUGCGAAGGUGGUUUCGGAGGAGCUUAGCGGAGCGAGGAUUUCAGCCUCGGGAACGGGGAGCAGCGCUUCGCGCGAGGCGCGUGCAGCCGGGCAGGCUUGUCGCGGGCGCUCGCGGUCGCGGAGCAUGGCGGACGCGAGCUGAGCGGCCGCGGCGUCCGGUCCCGGGUCUCGCGGGCCGCUCCGCUCAGCCGGCCCGAUGAACGCGGCACGGCUGAGGUUAUUUUAUGGGUAUAUGCGUGAGCUGCCGGCGCCGCGAGAGGAAGGCACCGGAGAAGCUAGCGGGGCUGGGCGCGGGCGGGCCCGCUAAGGGCACGGCGGCCCUGCUGCUGCCGCGCCGCGCCGACCCGCGGCCGUUGCGCCCGCUGCCCAUCAUGGCCAACUCCAUUUCCAACAUCAAGAUGACCAACCCCAUCAAGGGCAUGGUCAGCAAGCGGCGGAAACGCUACAUCAAGGACGGAUUUAACCUGGACUUAGCCUAUAUCACAGAUCGGCUGAUAGCUAUGGGUUUUCCGGCGGAGAAGCUGGAGGGCGUGUACAGGAAUCACAUCGACGAGGUCUACAGGUUCCUCGAGCAGAUGCACAAGGACCAUUAUAAGAUUUACAACCUCUGCUCCGAGAGGUCUUACGACUCUGCAAAAUUUCAUGAGAGGGUGGUAAGAUACGCGUUCGAGGACCACACGCCGCCGAACAUGGAGCUGAUCCUGCCGUUCUGCGAGGACGUGCACAAGUGGCUCAACGCGGACCCCAAGAACGUGGCCGCCGUUCAUUGCAAGGCGGGCAAGGGCCGGACAGGCACAAUGAUAUGCUGCUACCUGCUGUACAGUCAACAAAAGACGACGGCGGACGAGGCGCUCAGGUUCUACGGUACGAGACGGACGCAUGAUGAGAAAGGCGUAACGAUACCAUCGCAGCGGCGCUACGUGGAAUACUUCGCGGCUCUCGUCCGCUCCCGCCUCACAUACACCGCCACUAAGGUCCACAUUCGGGAGCUCAUCAUGUCGCCUCCACCCAUGCUGAAUGGUGGACAAUGUUCGCUGGAGCUUACUGUGUCGCAGGCCAGUCCGCCUCUGAAGGCGCCAGCGGGCUGCCACGAGGUCCGGCGCGGGCCCGCGGCGGUGUCGGUGGCGCUGACGCACUGCACGCCCAUGUGGGGCGACGUGCGCGUGGACGUGUGCUCCAAGCCCAAGGUGUACAUGCGCAAGGAGAAGCUGUUCCACUUCUGGUUCAACACCUUCUUCCUGGCCGCGGGGCUGGACGCGGUCCGAGUGGAGCCGGAGGACGGUUCGAAUUUGGAGACAUUCAAAUUAACGUUAAACAAAUGGCAGUUGGAUGACGCACAUAAAGACAAACAGCAUAAAUUAUAUAGCGAAGAUUUUAAGGUGGAGCUGAUCGUGCAGAAGCUGCCGUCGUCGUCCAAGUUCACGGGCGCCGCCGCGCGCGCCGCCUCGCCGCCCUCGUCCAGCGCCUCGUCGUGCUCCGAGCCCGACACCGAGCCCGACGAGCACUGGGACUCGGGCGCGCGCGGGGUGCGCGUGGAGCGCGUGGGGCGCUACCGGCCGCUGUCGCCGCCCGAGCCCGCGCCCGCGCCCGCGCAGCCGCCCGACACGUGAAUCUACAUACUUGUGAAACACGCGGGUGCUCUCGCUUUCCCCUCCCCGAGGCAAAGGCUCCCCUAAUACGGUGCACUAAAGACUAAAAUCCUCUGAAGCCUUUACUCUAGUGAUGUUACGAACUAAUUUGUGUGUAGAUAAUCUUGUAGGGUCGUGGAGUUUUUUGUACAGAGAUUUUUAAAAACUCAUGUGAUAGUAAGUGGAAAUGCGGACAAUCUAGUGAUCUUGGUACUGUACGUUACCUCGAUGUAAAAACGGUGUUUUUUUUGAUACAUUUUAGUUUUCAAGGUCACAAUGUGUGCUCUUGUCUUUAUGACUGAAUGAAAAGUACAUUGAAUUAGCUUUUUUUGACCUUUUUUUUUUGUCUAACGCACUUUUUGGAGAGGCGAUGGUCGAGGAGAGUAGAUGUUAUUUGGCCUGUCACUACUGGAAUAGGCAAAGGCCAUAAAUAAACUUUAUUAUAUUGUAAUACGAUUUACGAAUGGACAUUUGGUUGUGUUGAUUAUUCUUGCACGAUUGUGCAGCGCCAUCUGGCGGAGCUGUUAUGGAAACAGCUUAGAAAUGUGCAACUGAAUUCAUUUGUCCAACCUUUGAGUUUAUUUUAUAAAAAAAUCGUUAGACCUGAUUUCGGAUUGUUAUAAAUAUGAUAUAAUCUGAUAUUGGGGUUUAACGGAUUUUUGAUAAAAAUCGUAUUACUUGCAUAUGGGAAUUAUGAUUACCAUAGUGAUAUUUCGGUCUGAAGUUUUGACAUCUAUUCUUUUCGAUACAUCUAAUGAGGCUGUUUGUCACUAGUAAAAAUAAAUGAGCUACCAUUUAAGCACUGUCCCUCUCUACUACCGUAUCUCUUUCUAACAUCGUGAAAAAUAGUACUGAAAUACGCUGCUGUGCGAAAUUAAUUUGUUAAGUCAUUGUGAUCACAAUAAGGUGAGUUUAACCCACUAGCGCCCAUUGUACCCUGUAGGGUACAUCUGGGUUACGGCGUUUGAUUCGAUUUUCUACUGUCACUCUACCUAACAGCAUUAAAAAGAUGGUGGGUCCCAAGAGUGGGUGUGGGCGCUAAUGGGUUAAGACUAAUUUUUAUUGACACAACCAGAACUAAACUCACAUCACAUAUUUAUUAAAAUACUGCAUGUAUUACAAGCUUAUGACCCUCAUUCCGGGUCAUUCCUGAUGCAGAGACCGUCUAACGCGAUUGAACGAGGCCAGCGUGGUGGGCACCUUUGCGUCUGGAAGUUAUUUGACGUGAGUUUUUUUUUUAUGAAGUCAUUUCAGCCCCGUUAAUUUAUCAUCACUUCAAAGGUAAAUGUCUAGCAAAUGGUAGCUAUCGCGAAUUAAGCAUAGGUACAAGUUGCUCGAUUGUCUAAUAUGUAUACACGCGGUAUAUUUGGUUCACGCUGUAUAUUUUUAUUAGUGACAAACUUUAUCGAUGUUAUAUCGAGUAGGAUUCGCUCCCUGAACGUAGAUGAUACUUUCUAGCCUUCACGUGGCCAGUGUCGAAAUAGAUCGAGGAUUUUUUUUAAAAUUAUAUUUUGACUUGCGGCCAGUUUUGAAUAUUUUUGAGUGAUUUCCGACAAAAAACCGUUCGAAAAUACGACGAAACGCUAAGACAUUAGGGUCAGAUAGGGUAAAUAUAAACCACUCAAAACUUUAACACUCAAAAACUUAAGUCUUAUUUUUACCCGUGUUUUAUAUUUACCCCACCUGAUCCUACCAUUUGGCAUCUUGGCGGGCACUAGCGAGUUUCAAGUAUUUUUUUAUAAUUUCACCCUGAGACAUAAAUAGCGUUCCUUUUGGUAAAAAUAAUAAAUUCCGACCAUUAUUAUUCCAAACGAAAGAGUUAUUGAUUAUAUUAGAAAUGUGAAGUCUAAGAAAAAAUGGUGCCUCUGAAUUAUUUCUUAGACUAUAGAUCGUGCCAUUCACGAAGACGCAUGCCUUGACUCAUAUUGUCAUGUAAUUAAAGGUUAGAUUUAACAAAUCUGCGCGCCAUCGUGGAUGACACGAACUAAAUUGCGUUUUCUUCUACUAAUAACUCUUUUACGGUUUCUUUAAUUAUUCAAAUUGUAUUUAGAACUAAUUAAAUGUAAAAUACUCGGAAAUAUACAAAACUGACUGCACUGAGACUAUUGUUUAAAAUAGUCUCGUAACUUGUUGUAAUGUCGAGUUUUAGUGUUAUUAUAAGAAUUCAUUGUGAAGGCGUUCUUGGAGGAAGAUGGCGUCACAAACUCAACGAACUUUAAAAUACCUCGACGUAUGAUGAAAAUAACCGUUGGGAUUGUUAACACAAAAAUAGCAUUGAUGACAAAAAUGCAUUAUUCGUAACGAAGCGGGACUCAAUCGUACACCAGGGGCCCAUUUCUCGAACGGUAUUAGGCUAAUAUUAUGAGUGUUGCCAUGGUAACCCAUACGACUUGACAGUUCGUGGACUAAUAAUAUUAGUCUAAUACCGUUCGAGAAAUAAGCCUCUAUCAAAUCGUAUGGGUUACCAUGGCGGCACACUAAUAAUAUUAGUCUAAGGGCCCAUUUCUCGAACGGUAUUAGGCUAAUAUUAUUAGUCCACAAGUCAAAUCGUAUGGGUUUCUAUGACAACAUACUAAUAAUAUUAGACUAAUAUGGUCCGAGAAAUGGGCCCUUAGACUAAUAUUUUUAGUGCGCUGCCAUGGUGAAACCCAUACUAUUUGACAAAGGCUUAUUUAUCGAACGGUAUUGAAUCUCCAUCUCGGUAUCCACGAACUUUCAAGUCGUAUGGGCUACCAUGGCAACAUACUAAUAAUAUUAGUCUAAAUAAUACCCGUUUCUCGAAGUCUAAUAUUAUAAGUGUGUCGCCACGGUAACCUAUAAAAUUUUACAGUUUGUGGACUGAUAAUAUUAGUGUAUUAGUUUGAGAAAUGGGCCCUUGUACUGUAUUAACACUUUCACAACGUCAGGACAAAUAAUUAAAUUACGCUACAAAUCCCAUUUAUCUGAAAUAAAAUCGGAAAUGACGGUACUUAUUUACAUUAGUAAUGUUAUUUUUAUUAUCUUAUACACCUAAUGUAAAUGUCAAGCAACUUAGGUGCUUAAAUCGAACUCGGUUUAUAUAUGUAUCUAGAUAACGAUGACAAUUUAAAAAGGUGCUGCGCUGCUGGCCUGACUAUGAACCCUUGUCGAAAGUGAUUCCUCAGUACAUCAUACGAUAUAAUGUAUUUCCAACGGUUCGGUAACACAAACAUCAGGCGGUACGACCGCUCUGCUCGGCGGUCUAACAUCGACUGACUAACUGUUAGUGACGUCACCAUGACGUAGGCGCUCAAGACGUCUAUACACUACAGACUUAAUAUCUGGAAGACAUAUAAAAACCCAAAAAUGCGCGUUUUCUCACAGAUAAGACCUAGAUUGAUUUUUUGCCCCCGAAAACCCCCAUAUAGCAAAUUUCAUCGAAAUCGUUAGAGCCGUUUCCGGAUUCCUCGAAAUAUAGAUAGGUGGAUUGUCAAAGAAAAUUUUGUAGCCACAGUAAAUUUACUGCCAUCUUUCGGCACAGGAUUAAAAUUUUUAGAACGCUAAUUGACUUUGAUCCUUAUUCUUUCACUGAUAUGUGUUAAAUUUGUUAAAUAUGCGCCAUCGCUCGAAGCGAUGCCGCCAUACCUUUGGCCUUUGAUCCAUUAGAGUGCGCCACAUUUUGAUAUUUAACAAAUUUAAUACAUGUCAGUGAAAGAAUAAAGAUCAAAGUGAAACGGCGUUUUAAAAGUUUUAAUCAUGUGCCGAAAGAUGGCAGUAAUAUUGUGGCUACAAAGUUUUCAUUUGACAAUCUAUUUCUAAAUUAUCUUUGCUCUAAAGUAAGGUUCUUAAAUAGUUUGUGACGUCAUCUUUCCAAGUCAGCCGGGUGAUUCGAUUCUAUUUUAAUAUUAAUUGUUGAAGAACUACAUUGCCGAGUGGCGAGGCAGAUUUUUCCCACCAGCGUAUUUGACUAAGUCUUUUGGAGGUGUUUGUUUAGUUUCGAAAGAUCUCAACUGCCGUCAAUGUUUGGUUUAGUUGGGAAACGAUUUUGGAAGGCGAAAUAAGUAGCUUAACUUAAGGUGUUAAGGUUCAAAUUGUACACUGCCAAAUGGAACCCAAAGCAUAGAAAAAGGAAUAUACUAAGAUUAAAAUUACGCAUGGAAGUGUAUACGCCGCGCGCUCGAUCAGUAGAUACGCCAGUCGGUGCUCCAUUCCUCAGAAACGGAUCGAAAUAUCGAGUGAAUAUUUGACUUAAUAAUACUUUAGUAACCCGUGUCAAAAAGUAGCCGAAAAAACAUCGCGUGAUUUGUGCACAAGCCCAAACCUGGUUGCAGCA